AUGACAAAUGACCCAAAGAACCCCAAACCCAAUUCAGGGAAUCUAGACCCACCAUGGAAACAAACCUAUGAAACUGACCCAUUAGAUCCAAAGCCUAAAGCAGCCAAAAACCCAAUAGCCCAGAACCUAAGGCAAAACCUGAGAGAAGAUAUAAACCCAACCCACAACAUAAACUGCACCAUAGGCCUGACGGAGUCAAAACCAUCUUGCAUGACAGACCUUUCAACACAAGCCAUAACCACCCAACUGCCUUUCCAUCAGGAGUUCCUUCUAAGUAGGGAGGAUUUGCGCCAACCGGUAGUCGGUCAGAUCAAUCAAAUUCUUGAUAUCUGCAUGGCAAAAGUGUUUCAUAGAAUGUCCCUAAAACUAACUAUUCAGGGAGAUAGUGAUGAAAGAAGGGCUUUCAAAACCCAGAGGCAAGAGGAUGGGUUUAUCAAGGUGUUACCUACCAAUCCAAGGGUAGAGGAUGAAGACACUAAGCAUUCAGAUGGUAGCAUAAUCUUAGUGGGAGAGUUGGAAGAUUUUGCGGAGAACAUGAGUGUAGGUGUUGCAAGGCCCAACCAACUGAAGGAGGGUGGGCUUGGAGGGACUUUAUUAGUUAGCUAUUCUAGACGUAGACUGAAGAGAAGUAUCAAGAGAAAAGUAGGAAAUUCAAAUACAAGAAAGGACCAGGAGGAUUUACAAGAGGUCACAGUUGAAUGCUGCCCUUUUCGUCCAAGUGACGUGACAAAGUCAUUGUCUCUCUAUCUUUCUCUCUCUCGCACGGAAAACAUGGCGUUCUCUGAGAAACUACUCUGUGUCUACCUCUUCUCUAUUGUCUUCUUCUUCACCACAAUCCUCUCUCUCUCCCUCAGAACCUUCUCCAUCUCCGAUCCCAACUGUCGAUUCGGCUCAACAACAGACGUCCACGACCUCCUCCCACAGUAUGGCUUCCCAAAGGGAAUUCUCCCGAAAAACAUCAAAUCCUUUUAUCUCUCCUCCACAGACAACUCUUUCACCCUCGAACUAACAUAUCCAUGUUACAUACAGUUCGAUGAGCUUGUUUACUAUGACCGGAAUAUCAAAGGAAAGUUGACUUAUGGGAAAGUAUCUGAUGUUUCAGGUAUUCAAGCCAGAAAACUUUUCAUUUGGGUAUCUGUAACUGGCAUGGAUGUUGAUGAUAAAUUGGGUAUGAUUGAGUUUCAUGUUGGAGCUUUAUCGGAGAAAUUGCCCGCAAAGCAGUUUGAGACUAUUCGAGAUUGUAAGAACAAAGGGUGCCAAGAGUCUCACCCAGCAGUAGAAUCAAUAUGAGGUAAUUUCUUAUACAUACAUACAUGUGUGUGUGUGAGUGUGAUCUGUGUUUGUUUUCGAAUUGUUAUCUAAAAUAUUGGGUUUCAUUGGGUGCUGAAAAUAAAGAGGUUUGUGGGUUUGACUUCUUUUUUCUCAUUCUUUGUGGUUCAAAUGCUAAUCCUUCCUUAAUAUGAGCUCUGUUUGGCAGAUAGCAUCUUGCAUAGUUAAUGGAGAAAUUUGGAGUUAAUUAUAUCUUGUCUACAGACCAAAAAUCACUCCUUACUAAUCAGGAAAACAAAUAAGGUAUCUUUGCUGGCGUAGAAUGAAAUAUUUCCUUCAAAUUCGGAAAAAAAACUAGUUUUUUUCAUACUAAUAGUUGUUACCUUAGACGAAAAGAUUACCAAAAGAAAUGAAUUAAUUUAAUGGUUGACUAUUCUGAAAUGUUACCUGGAUCGGUUUGCUACUUGUACGGGUAUAUGGUAUAACACUUUUUUAAGGUACAGUACGUGGGAUAAGUUUAGCUACUACGGUAUUGUAGGCCGUAAUUCAUAUUUGAAAUUCUUAUGCAAAUCGUUUUCACUACUAUACAAUAUUAUAUAUAACAGGUCAUUCAUAAAAUCAAAGUUAGUUACCAUUUAUCUUAUAGUUGUACUUUAU